AUGGGAGUGACGACGGAGAAAGACAAGUCUUCACUUCACACUCCGGUGAAAGAGACGAGCACGAAGACGGAGAUAUCAAAGUCGGACACGAUAAAGUGCCACGUGGGGGAGGAGAACGGUGAACAGUUCAAAGGUAAGGCUCCGACACGUGUGGAGAAACAGAACACGUGUCAAGGAAGUGAGAAAGCUCUUUCUUGUUCGAGCUUCGAGAAGGCAAGCUUGUUCGAUCUUGGUCAUCCUCUUCUCAACCGCAUCGCCGAUUCUUUUGUCAAAGCCGCCGGAGUUGGAGCUUUACAAGCGGUGACGAGGGAAGGUUACUUUACGGUGGUUGAAGGGGCAGGAUUUGACUCGAGCAACGUGGGUCCACCGUCGGAGAAUAACAGCAGCAAGAAACAUAGGUUCCCUAAUCUCAGAGGGGAAAGCAGCAACUCUAUUGAAGCAUUGGUGAAGAACACUGGAAAAGAAUCUCUCCAAUGGGGGCUAGCCGCCGGAUUGUACUCGGGUAUAACUUACGGUAUGAAGGAGGCUCGUGGAGGAGCUCAUGAUUGGAGGAACAGUGCGGUGGCGGGAGCAUUGACAGGAAUUGCAAUGGCUAUGACCUCGGAGGGGACUAGCCAUGAACAAGUGGUUCAGUCCGCUCUUACCGGGGCAGCUAUUUCCACCGCGGCGAAUCUCCUUUCUAGCGUUUUCUAG